AUGGACAAUCUCUUGGGUCAAGCUCAGGCUCAGGCUCAAGACCAAGCUCAAGACCAAGCUCAAGACCAAGGUCCAGCAGGUCCAGGUGGUCCCGCAAAUGAAGGUUCUGGCUCAGAUGUGAAUGUGGAGCUGAACGAUGGGCAAAGCAUGCAGUUGACUCUGCUGGAGAUUCAUCGAGCUUUGGCGAUCAAAGAAGCAGUGGAGCGUUCGGAUGAGUUGGAAAACUUGUCUGACUUUGCGUACGUGCAGUACGCUCUUACGCAUCCAACCACUGGAGUGCAGCAACCCCAUGUCAUUGCUACCAGAGAUCCCAUGCCCGCUGUGCUGGAACACAUUGCUCGAAUGCAGGCUUUCAGACGAGAAUACAAAAUCCAGGAAACCGUGCUAGAGGGCGUUCAGUCCAUGCUGGAACUCACGCAACUCCAGCCAGGGCUCUUUGUGUCCCUCCUGUACUUACCCAAUCCUGGAAACAUUCUGGCCAUUAAUGAUUUCUCCUCCUUUUUUCCAGCUAAAGUUGAUACACCGCAAAAGUGGAGUGCUUUUGUCAAGGGAUCCUACUACAGAUUCCAAGCCAUGAGUCCUCACUUUCAUGCCAUCAGGCUUGGAAUGUCAAACCUAUUCGAGUGUCAAGGAUCGUCCUUUCAAAACUUUGACUUCAACUUUCACUCAAAACUCGUUCAUGAACUCUACACGAGCUACCCAAAACGGCACAAGGAACUAUACAUGUUCAACAGCCCCACCGUUGUCAAUGUUGCCCUCGGUUUACUCAAGCAAUGGAUGACAGACAACAUGAAAAAAACAAUUCAUUUGGGAUUCAAAAUUGAUGGCUUUGAAGGAAAUCGCAUUGAUGAACUUUUCAAGGUACCAAAUGAACAAACAGCGAGAACAAACAUGAUUCUGCAAGUUCAACAGCUACUCAAUGUCAGAUGGGAGCCCUUCACCUACUACCACCCGUCAGAGUUGUACCUGUUUUCGCACCGGUACAUGGACCGGUACCAGUACCAGGACAGGAAAACAACCAGAAUCAGAAUCAAAACGAAAACGAAAAUCAAAAUCAACACCGAAACAAUUCAUGAUCAGGCAGGCAGGCAACACCACGACAACCAUGACAACGAAAUCCAAUUCGCAUCGAAUCAAAAAGCUCAUGCCCGGCCACAUCAAUCCCUGCCAAGUGGCCCCCAUUCACAAAGCAUUAUAUAUCGCGUCUCACGUUGCGUUACGUUACAUUACGUUACGUACAUGUACGAUGGACGAGUGGACCAUGACAAUGACAACCCCGCGUUCUACCCUUUACGUCGAUUGAUCCGCCGUCGAUUGAAAAAAAUCCAAUAUUGA